AUGGAUCACCUGACUGCGCUCUUCCAGGAGAUGUGGCGUCAAGGUGAAGUCCCGCAAGAUUUCAAGGACGUAACUAUCGUGCACCUAUACAAGCGCAAAGGGAAUCGCCAAGUCUGCGACAACCACCGCGGCAUCUCCCUACUGAACAUCGCCGGGAAGAUCUUCGCUCGCAUCCUGCUCAACCGCCUCAAUAACCAUCUGGAACAGGGCCUUCUGCCGAAAAGCCAAUGCGGCUUCCGUCGUCAUCGUGGGACCACGGAUAUGAUCUUCGCCGCCCGCCAACUUCAGGAGAAGUGCCAGAAGAUGCGGACCCACCUGUACUCUACCUUCGUGGACCUGACGAAAGCCUUCGACACGGUGAAUCGUGAAGGACUGUGGAAGAUCAUGCAGAAAUUCGGCUGUCCGGAGCGAUUCACUCAGAUGGUGCGUCAGCUGCACGACGGUAUGAUGGCGGGAGUCACGGACAACGGAGCUGUCUCAGAGGCAUUCGCAGUGACCAACGGAGUGAAGCAGGGCUGUGCGCUGGCACCUACCCUCUUCAGUCUCAUGUUCUCUGCCAUGCUGAUGGACGCCUACCUCGACGGACGCCCUGGAAUCCGCAUCGCCUAUAGAACGGACGGUCAUCUCCUGAAUCAACGGCGCAUGAACUUCCAAUCGCGUGUAUCCACAGCCACCGUGCACGAACUCCUCUUCGCCGACGACUGCGCCCUGAACACCACCUCAGAAGUGGAGAUGCAACGGAGCAUGAACCUAUUCUCCGCUGCCUGUGAGAACUUUGGGCUGGUUAUCAACACGCAGAAGACGGUGGUGAUGCAUCAGCCGCCUCCUAGCUCAGCCACAGCCCCCAGCGCGCCGCAAAUCAACGUGAAUGGGACUCAACUGCAAGUGGUAGAGAACUUCCCGUACCUGGGCAGCACGCUCUCCCGCAACACCAAGAUCGGCGACGAAGUCGCCAACAGGAUCUCGAAAGCCAGUCAAGCCUUCGGUCGCCUCCAAAGCACAGUUUGGAAUCGUCAUGGUCUUCAACUAAGCUCAAAGCUGAAGAUGUACAAGGCCGUCAUCCUGCCGACGCUACUGUAUGGGGCAUAG